UUAUCGAUAAUUUGGGUCAGCUGUUGCUCAGUUUGUUUUGUGUAAAUAAUUGGAUGCGGAGAAAAACUUAUUUUUGUUGCCAUAAGUUUUCUAGUCUUGCACUUUAGCGCGUUUCCCAUGUCGGACGACAUCAAGAAGUAUUUAGAUGGCCUGCUGCAAAAGGUCAGCGGGCUGUACGUUAUUCAGAUUACGGAUCGCGACGGAGUGCCCCUCCUGCGGGUCAGCCAGGAGAAGAGCGUGGACUUCGCCCUGAUGCCCUCGUUCAUACCUACAUUCACUACCGCCUGCGAUCAGGCCAGCAAACUGGGAUUGGGCAGGAACAAGACCAUCAUUUCCAUGUACUCAAAUUACCAAGUGGUGCAGAUGAACAAGCUGCCGCUCAUCCUGACCUUUGUGGGCGCGGAGAACUGUAACACGGGACACAUUCUCGCUCUGGAGCACCAGGUGGAUGGCUAUUUGGAGGACAUAAAACAGGCCGUCACCGAGGCCUGAAUUUAGUUUACACUGUAAUAUGGAUUUACUAAAUGUUUAUACUUUAUUGAGAA